GAACACAUCUCCGCUUCCGGACCGAGAGAUCGCCCGCGCGCGGGACUUUCAAGCGUCAAACCCCGGGAGUCCCAGCUGUCAUGAGCCUCUGGGUGGACAAAUACCGGCCCAGCUCGUUGGGACGACUGGACUAUCACAAGGAGCAGGCGGCCCAGCUGCGCAACCUGGUGCAGUGUGGUGAUUUUCCUCAUCUCUUAGUGUAUGGACCAUCAGGGGCUGGAAAAAAGACAAGAAUUAUGUGUAUUCUACGUGAACUUUAUGGUGUUGGAGUGGAAAAAUUAAGAAUUGAACAUCAGACCAUCACAACUCCAUCUAAAAAGAAAAUUGAAAUUAGCACUAUUGCAAGCAAUUAUCACCUUGAAGUUAAUCCCAGUGAUGCUGGAAAUAGUGACCGGGUAGUAAUUCAGGAGAUGUUGAAAACAGUGGCACAAUCACAGCAACUUGAAACGAACUCUCAAAGAGAUUUUAAAGUGGUAUUAUUGACAGAGGUUGACAAACUCACCAAAGACGCUCAACAUGCCUUGCGCAGGACCAUGGAAAAGUAUAUGUCCACUUGCAGAUUGAUCUUGUGUUGCAAUUCUACAUCUAAAGUGAUACCACCGAUUCGCAGUAGGUGCCUGGCGGUUCGUGUGCCUGCUCCCAGCAUCGAAGAUAUUUGUCAUGUAUUAUCUACUGUGUGCAAGAAGGAAGGUUUGAAUCUUCCUUCACAACUGGCUCAUAGACUUGCAGAGAAGUCCUGUAGGAAUCUCCGUAAAGCCCUACUUAUGUGUGAAGCCUGCAGAGUGCAACAAUAUCCUUUUAGUGCAGAUCAAGAAAUCCCUGAAACAGAUUGGGAGGUGUAUCUCAGGGAGACUGCCAAUGCUAUUGUCAGUCAGCAGACUCCACAAAGAUGCUGCUACCUCUUCUUCCAAUUUUCUAUACAAGUUUGGGAGGCUCUCAAAUAAAUUUGUUUAAGAAGAGGUGCUGUUAUUUCUUAUGUAAACUAACGGUUGUGGGAACUGAUUCCAUUGUGUUACAUAAAAAGAAAUUUCAGUUCCAAAAAGCAUCCAGGUUGACCAGAAAUAUUGGGAGGGCUGGUGUCAUUCUGAUUGUUGGCUUACACAUUACCAAAUGACUUUAUUAUUUUUGACCCCUUAGUCUUGAUUCUUGUCUGAUUUGUUUUAGAAGAGUCAUAAUUUUCUAAUUUAGAUAGCCACUAAUAUUUAGCAAGCAAUUAGUAUGUUGGUUCUUACACAUUGUGGUAUCAUUUAAGUUACAGAACAACCCUAUGAAGAAAAGUAUUAUAUCAUUAUUUUGUAGGUAAGAAAACUGCUGUUUUGGGAGAUGGUUGCUUAUUCACAGAUAUUCUGUUAAGAAUCAGAGAUAGUUGUAUAAUACCAUGUUUCUCUGACAGAAGAAUUUGCACUCUUAAUCACUUGCAAUCCCCAAGAAACAAUGAUACAAAGAAAAUGUAGAGUAUAUCCAUUUUUAAGAAGUUAAGUCAUACUAGAAAUGAAAGACUAAGCUGAGAUGCAUGUAGUAUGCAUGAGAUGAGCACAGCAUAGUUAUAACACAUUUGUAGAGGGAAAUAUAUCCUGAUUUAACUCUUCAGAAAUAAACUAUAUGCAUAAUUAUUAAAACAAUUUCAUACCAUCUAUUAUUUGUGUCUGUUUCUUUUUAAUAAUCAGAGUUGCUUUUUUUUUUUUUUUUUUUUUUGAGAUCUACUACCAUGGCCAAGAAGGAUCAAGGGCUUUGGAGUCCGACUUGAAAUUAAAAUUCUACCUCAACUACAUGAGUUUUAAUGGAUGCUUAACCUCUCUGAACUUCAGUUCAGUGAAAGAGUGGUGUUGUGAGGCACAUUGUAGUAAGCCUCUUACAGAGCAAUGGGUUUAGUAAAUGCUUUGACAGACAUUGGAAGGGUAUGGAUUUGGGAGUAAGGCAGAUCUGUUCUUAAAUUAUGGUUCUGCUAUAGUCAUCUUUGUGAGGUUACUUAAACUAUCUGAGCCUUAGUUUUUUCAUC